AUGUCGUUGAUACCUAGCGUACAUCGCCGACCCGCCUCAGCAGCCAGCGUCUCCUUCCCAUCCCAACGAUAUGUCAGCGCCGCUUCAACAGUCUCUCGCAGCUCAGCGUCCAGUGGGGACUCCAGGCAUGUACCCUCGAAACUACCCACCGCAACACGACUAGUUUCGAUGAGCAAAAAUGAAGUUUCUGAAAACCGGUUCAAUCCCGAAGAUGUUCCUAGUUCAGAUGCCGAGGAACAAGAGGACGGGACGGACGACAGCCCGCUGGUCAAGGAGAUAAAGGAUCUUGAGAUUUACAAACGGAAGGCCAUUUCAGCUGAGCGAGAACUGAUAGUGGCACUGAAGGGAAAGGCAAAGCUCGAAGCGGAAGUCAAAACAAUGGGCGAUUGGCUGAACACAAUCGAGAAGGAGUUGCCAAAACUCAGGCAGGACUUACGGCUCUCUGAACAAGCCCUAGCCGACGAGCGAGAGCGACGAGCAAACUUGGAAUCAAAGUCAGACGUUAUGGCCUCACACCUAAAGGCAUAUGAUGAAGCGCAAGCUUGGAAUGGUGAUUCUAAGCAGACUGUAACAACACUCCGCUCCCAGCUGGACGCGGUCAAGGAGGAAAAUUCCAACCUUGAACAAGCAGUGAUACAGCAUCUCACGGACAAGGACCACCUCAAAACAGAGCUCAGGGAACUUAGCCUCAAGCAUGAACUGGUUCUAAAAGAGAGGGAAGAAACAGAGGCGCUCUACAUCAAAGUCCUGGAUGAGCGGCGUAUUCUCGAAGAGCGCUGUGGUCAGGUUGAUGCCUUGCUUGAAUCAGUCGGCGACGUCAGUGCGACACUCGAGGAUAUUAAGCUGCAGCAGAAGGCCACUGAUGAUCGAGUGAUAGAUAUGGAGUCCAAACAGCAAGAAGAGCGCGAGCAGUUACAACGAGAGCAUUUGGACAUCGUUAACCAGUACAACGCACAUCUGAGCAGUGUGCAGGAAAUUGAGGCAAACUAUGCAAAGCAAAACAGCGAUCUCCGAAGCCACAUUGUGAUGCUCCAGUCAGAGUUGCACAGAAGGGACAACGCCCCUGAGAUAGAUAACGCUUUGGGUGAUCAGCUCGAAACGAUGACAACAUCGUUUAAGUAUCUGGCCACCCAGCUGGAAAAGCUGAUCGAGAAUCGGGAUCACCCUGUUCGUGACUCCUUGGAACAAUUGCGGUCUGAACUCACGGAGGCUUUUGCUGCAUUGAACGAUAUCUGGCUACAGCCCGUCGUUGAUCAAGGGGCCGUCAAAGAAAUACAGGAUGAGUGCCAAACAUCGAAUCCCGACCUCGUGGCUGGCUCCGAUGCCCAGCCAACUGGAAGAGUCCCAUUAGGCUUUCUCCGCAAGAAAGGGACUAUGGAGAGUCAUAUGUAA